GGUCGCUCCCCGCCGAUGCGCCGCCGCGGAGCGCGGGCGGACGAUGGAACUCCACAUCCUAGAGCAUCGGCUGCAAGUUGCCAGCGUCGCCAAGGAGAGUAUCCCGCUCUUCACCUACGGCCUCAUCAAACUUGCCUUCCUGUCCUCCAAGACCAGGUGCAAGUUCUUCAGUCUGACGGAGACGCCAGAGGACUACACCAUCAUUGUGGAUGAGGAGGGCUUCCUGGAGCUGCCCUCCUCCGAGCACCUGAGCGUGGCGGAUGCCACCUGGCUGGCCCUCAACGUGGUGUCCGGCGGCGGCGGCUUCUCCAGCUCCCAGCCCAUCGGCGUGACCAAGAUCGCCAAGUCGGUCAUCGCCCCGCUGGCCGACCAGAAUAUCUCAGUGUUCAUGCUGUCCACCUACCAGACGGACUUCAUCUUGGUGCGCGAGCGUGACCUGCCCUUCGUCACCCACACCUUGUCGUCAGAGUUCACCAUCCUGCGGGUCGUCAAUGGCGAGACGGUGGCAGCCGAGAACCUGGGCAUCGCCAACGGCUUUGUGAAGCCCAAAAUGGUCCAGAGGCCGGUCAUCCACCCGCUGUCCAGCCCCAGCAACAGGUUUUGCGUCACCAGCCUGGACCCCGACACACUGCCCGCCGUCACCACGCUCCUCAUGGAUGUCAUGUUCUACUCCAGUGGAGUGAAGGACCCCAUGGCAACUGGUGAGGACUGUGGCCACAUCCGCUUCUUCUCCUUCUCCCUCAUUGAGGGCUACAUCUCCCUGGUGAUGGACGUGCAGACCCAGCAGAGGUUCCCCAGUAACCUGCUGUUCACCAGUGCAUCCGGAGAGCUGUGGAAGAUGGUGCGGAUCGGUGGGCAGCCCCUGGGAUUCGAUGAGUGUGGCAUCGUGGCCCAGAUCUCUGAGCCCCUGGCUGCAGCUGACAUCCCUGCCUAUUACAUUAGCACGUUCAAGUUUGACCACGCACUGGUUCCAGAGGAGAACAUUGGCGGGGUGAUCAAUGCCCUGAAGGUCAGCCAGGCCGAGAAGCACUGAUGGCCUCACUCCCCGCUGCCCCGUGUGUUCUUACAGUAUUUCUCCAGACUGGAAGAGCGGCCCAGGGACACCUCUGAGGGCCGAGGCCUCCCAGGAGCCCCAUCCCUUGGGAAAGGGACCUGCCUCCCCCAUCUUCCCUGAAAAAUGGCGUCUGAGGCCCCAGAGGCUGGGGAGCAGCCCCACCUCCUCCUGGGGCUGUUUUGGGGGUCUGGCAGAGCCAAGCUGGGCAUGUGGAACCCUUGGUGGCCUCUGUGAGGUGGGAGGGCUGAGCAGGGUGGUCACUGCUCCCCAUUCCAGGGGCUCAGGACUGGUUCCCCCGAAGUGGAGGCUGGUGGACCAUCCUGUCCCCACCUGCCAGCCACAGGGCCUGCGCCCCACCUCAGCACGACUGCCAAGAGAGCCCUGUCCAGACUGCCCACCCUACGCACUCACCUGGGAGCUGGACCAGCUUUUCUGUCCUCUGCUUUCCUGGACCCUCCUCAGGCAGCAGAGCCUCAGUUCCCCCUCGGGGGGUGCUUCCCCAGCAUAUUCUGCACCUGGGGUUUCUUAGGUCACCCCAACCUCCCAGACAGUCAUCUAGACCAGCACAGGCUCCCGUCCCCACCAGCCUCCCCAUUCGCACCCCACAUUUGUGGGGUACAGGUGGCCUCCGCCCCCCACCUGCCUGCCUGACCUCUGGGGCCAGGCGUUCACAAGUACUUGACCCGGGAGGCAGCUUAACUGAGCCUUAACAGAGAAAAUCGUAGUUCGUUCUAGAUUUUUAUUUAACGUAUUUGCAGUUGUGCCCGGGCUGCUGCUGUUGGCUGUCUUUUUUUUUUCUCAAGAGAUGGGUUCUGACUGAGUUCUCCCCAGGGGCACAGGGCUCAGUGUCACAUGGGCCCCUGCGGGUCUAGGGACAGGAGUGGGCACCAGAGCUGUCAUGGGCCUGGGCCUGUCCCAGGAACAGAAGUCCAGUGCAAGGCCCCAAGCCUGGGCGUUGCCCCAGGAGGGGCUGAGGAUGGGGCCCCUGCUCUCCUGGGACAGUGCUCAUGUGAGCUGCUCCAGCCAGGCCAGCUGGCCUGAAGGUCCCCACACGCGGAGCUGCAUAGGAUCCUUGCAAGGCCCAGCAUGCUAAAUAGAAACCCACCUUCCUGCUUGAUUUUUAAGUUAAUUCAUUUUGCACAAGAUCCCAAAAGCAACCAAAUCUCAAUUGUUUGCUGGUCCCAAAAGGGAGGUGGCCGAGUGGGCAGGGCUGUGUUUUAGACCCAAGUCUCCUUGCUUUCCAUAGAAGGCCUUUAUUUUUCGGGGCACCCCUCUGCACCCCUUUCCAUCUGUUUCCUACCGGGCCAGUGCGUCUGCUCGGUGUCCCUAGUCAUGUAGCCCCUAGACUUCUAGGACUGUCUCUUGUACACACCUACAAAUGUGUUUUUUGUUGAUAGAGAUAUAUAUACUGUAAAUAGCAUAUAUACCUGAGCAAUAUAUAUGGUAAUAUAUUCUGUGUGCACCAGGCAUGGGUGCAGACCCCCCGACCUGUGUGCGCGUGUGUAGGCGCGAGGCCUGUCCCACUGUUGGCAGUGUCAGCCGCACGCGCCGGUGUUGGGCCACCGCUUAUUCUUGAGUCUAUAGGCAAUACGAUUAUGUGACAGCGGUGGGUCCCGCAGACCUCCCUGGAGAGCAGACAAAAACAGCAGCCCACAGAGCCUGCCUCAGGGCGGUGUCGGGGCCCAGCCAUGGCCUGGAUCUGUUCCCUACCCCCACUUCUCCAGCUGAGGCCCCUGCACACCCAUGUUUUGUUGGAGGGGGACAUUGGUCUCGAGGAGCAGUUGGGACUUGUUUUUAGCAGAGCACCACCUCGCAGUGUUACUUGAGCACCUGGCCACACCCCAGCCUUCCCUCCUUGGAUGGCUCCUUUCCUGGCGGCCCCCUUACCUGGUUUCUUUCUAUCAGCAAUCUUAGAAAUCCCAGGUUCUUUGCCCAGGCCUGCUCUGGGAACUGGUGUCAUCUCUCUCGGAACAGCUCAGAUGACUUUGCUGUGUCCCUGGGAAGAGGCUGAGGCUAGGGCACCCCCGGCACCCUGCUGCUUGGCCACAGGGAGCCCCUGCUUCCCCACCCCCAUCACUUGUGGGAGGAAGCGCUUUUUUGUUCCAUAUGCAGUGCACUUGAAGCGUGGUCCCCAAAGCCCUGGCCAGGGGGCUCCCAGGGGCCACUGGCCCUUGACCUUCAGCUCCAGACCUCCCCUGGAGGCCUGCAGGGCUGUUAGUGCCCAGAGCCUGCAGGUCAGCGGCAGAGGUGCACGUGGGGGUGGGGAGGAGGAGGACCUGGCAGGGGGUGACCAGGCCAGAUCACCCCUGCCCAGGGGUGUGUGUCUCUGCCUCUCUGGAGUGGACACCACCCUUCACCCCUUCCCUGCACGGAGCAGAGCGUGAGGAGUCUAGGAUGAGUUCCCAGGGGACAGGGCCCCUAACCACAAACCUUCUCUAAGAUUUGGGGGGCCCUGGGCACCACCCACCACUGGCCCAGGCAGCAGGUCUGGGGUGGCUGGGGACGUGACCAUCAUACACCUGGCCUCGGUUCCCAGCAGAGGGGGACCUUGUCUGUGGGCCUGGUCCCUGUGAGGGUCAGAGGGUGCCAGGGAGGCGAGGUCCAGAGAGGUGGCAGAUGGGAGGGGCCCCAGUCCAAGCCCAGCCUGCGGUCUGCUGGGUGAUUUUCAGAAGAGAUCCUGAGCCACCUGGCAGACCUUUGGGGUUCCCCAGGUCACCCUGGGCCACCUUCAGAGCCUCUAGGCUGGAUGUGGGCUAGGAGGGGGGGACACAAGACAUUCCCAGGUGAUGGCAGCCCUGUUGUGACUGGGAAUUUGAUGUCCCAUUUCUGAAUGAAGCGGGAAGGGAAAGAAGACCACUGUCCACGGGGAGUGGGCAUGGAUGGGGGGGUCUUCAGCUUCCGGGGUUCCCAGAGGCGCUGUGGGCGGGCAGGGCGGCCGGGGAGGAGGGAACCCAGGUAGCCAGAUAGCCUGUCCUGUUUCCAAGCUCGUCCCAGGUAUUUUUCUUUCCUUUUGAAGUUAGAAGCUGCAAAAUCUCAAACCCAGGCAUCCCUUUCCCUCCCCACAGACUGAGGGCGGAGGCCACCCUCCUGGAGGUGAGAGUUGGCAGAGGCAGCUGCUGGGCCCGGACCUGGCCUGGGUGGCUGUGAGCAGCAGCGGGGAUGGGAAGGCUGUGGCUCUUGGGUACCGGAGGAGGGCGUUCCAGGCCUUGGCACUGUGCCGUACGUGGUUCUUAGGCAUGUGUGUGAGUGCGUUCGUGUGGGCAUGAGUGUGUGCUUGCAGAGUCCAGCUCAGCUCAUUCAGUAUUUAGAGUCCAUGGGCCACAUGGACAGAGGUGACCCUGUGGGGUCACCUAGCUAGCUUCAAGGUGGUGGGGGGGCCACCUGGGCAAGGGCACCCCCACUUGCCACAUGGAAAUUGCCCUGUGGAAGGGGAGAGGUGUCCCUAGCCCAGGCCUGGACGACCAUGCCACAGCCGGACCCGGCCUCAGAUCGUCCCGAAUUCACAGGCCAGGUUCACAGCGGAGCCCAGCAGGGAGCAGAAGCAGGCUAUCCCCGGUGUGUGUUCCUUCCCACUGCUUCAGUUUCCCUACAGAGAACAUGGCCCAGGAAUCGCUGGGUGGGGUUGGGUCCAGAAGAAACCCCAAGCCCCCUUGCUCUAUGCCAAAAUCAUUUCCGUUAUCCUGAGAUGGGGUGUGGAAGGGGUGCGGGCACUCCUGCCUGCGGCCCCCUUGCCCGCACCUGGCGUGCCACGCCCGGUCACCAGCAUCUGCAGCAAUGGCACCAGGUGGAGGGGACGAGUGGCAGGCCUCGCCCAACCCAGGGGCCCUCACGCUUAUUUUCUGUCAGACAUAGAACCCUCGAAAUUCACGUACUGUAUGAUGAAGAGAAAAAAGUACCUAAUGUUCCCCAAAAAAGACAGUAUAUUUUGUACUUUGUAAAGUGUUAAUUAAAAUGACGGGGAAAAAAUGCC